AACACAUCCACACCAUCCUCACAAACUGCCCUUUUCGCACUCGAGAUACCCUUCAACUCGCAACAUCGCGCUCUUCUAAUCUCACCUUUCCACCACACAAACACAUAAUACCGACACAAUGGACCGCAUCAAGGAGAAAAUGAACCAGCUCCGCCUCGAGGCUGACGAGGCUUCGGCCAAGGUCGAGGAGCUCCAGUCCAAGAUCAAGGUCCUCGAGCAGGAGAACCUUCAGAAGGAGCAGGAGAUCACCUCCCUCUCCCACAAGAACAGCGUGCUAGAAAGUGAGGUGGAAAAGCUCGAGACCCAGGUUAAGGAAUUCAAGAGCGCCGCCGAGGAUGGCGCGCAACAAGGCACUCAGAACGAGACGCUGACACGGAGACUUCAACUUCUUGAAGAGGAGGCCGAGGAGGCUGACAAGACUCUCCGCGAGACCAACGAGAAGCUUCGCCAGACCGACGUCAAGGCCGGCCACUUCGAGCGCAAGGUUCAGGCCCUCGAGAACGAGCGCGACCAGUGGGAGUCCAAGUACGAGGAGAUGGCCAAGAAGUACGCCGAGGUACAGAAGAGCUUGGAAGAGUUCCAGGCCGAUAUUGCCAACAUCUAAGUUGGGCAACAGAUGCAGUCGGAACAUGGUGGAAAUUCCUUUCUUUACGUUUGUUCACAGCGUCACCGCAUCGAUAAUAUCAGCCUGACCCUUUAUGCCGUUUGUCCUCGGGUUGUCGAGUAGGGAGAUAAGACGGACAAACCAAGCCGUCAUCUAACUCCCUCGUACAACUCAUAUUGCCUACUAGUUCAAAGCAUAAUCCAUCAUCCCAGCAUUGCACAUACAGUACU